UCGUUUAUGUCGUGUUCCUGUUUUGUUGCAUUCACAGCAUGGCGCGUUUGGAUUGUUGGUGUUGUUUCUGGUUGAUCGUUUGUUUGACGGGGGUGCAGUUUGUUUUUGCGGCGUCAGGAGACGUGACUAAGAAAUGUGACGAUGACAAGGCGAUGACGCUGUCAUUUGCCGGCUCUCCAACCGUUUUUAUCCAAAAGACGAGUGGUGGACUCGUAAAGGUGACUAAAGAUCUCCCAGGAAUCGUCCUCCGUGUGAAGUCUGGUCGCACCACACUAACGGUGCCCUUUUCUUCUCGGUACGGUUACGUGGCUGAGCAGCAUUCCCAGUAUGCCAUGCUCCUUGCCUUCGGACGUCCGUCUAAUUUGAGGAUGUUCACAUGCCCUAAACCAGCUCGCCGAUCUGGGAGUGUUGCUGAGCGAUGUGCAGUUGCAGCCAGUGAGAAGCUUCCUUGUGGAGGGUCUUCAUCCAUCACUCAAGCUGACUGUGAAGCCAACAACUGUUGCUAUGAUUCAAGCAGCAGCACCAGUCCAUGCUACUAUGCCAAUGAUGUGACUGUGCAGUGCACCCUGGAUGGCCAGUUUGUGGUGGUGGUGUCUGAGAAUGUGACCCUUCCUCCCCUGGAUCUUGGGUCCAUCCAGUUGGUGGACAGUAGUUCUCCCAGCUGCAGCCCUGUGACCAGCCUGUCCAGCUUUGUCAUAUACCAGUUUCCAGUCAGUGCCUGUGGCAGCACAGUUCAGGUGUCUGGUGGCAAUGUGACUUACCAGAACACCAUGUCUGCUGCCAUCACUGUGAGGAGUGGUCCACAGGGGUCCAUCACCAGGGACAGUGUCUACAAGUUGUUCUUCCAGUGCACCUACUCGGGAAGCCAGGAUGUGCAAGUGGAGCCUGAGGUGUAUACUGUGGCGCCACCUCUUCCAGUAGUAGAGCAAGGGCCAUUUGACCUGGAAUUGGUCAUUGCAACAGAUUGUGGUUAUGGUGUGGUAUUUCAGCUAGGUAAUUUUAAACCUUCAUGGGCAGACUCCUCUUAUGGUUCCUACUAUGUGGAUGCUGACUACCCAGUGACCAAAACUCUGAGGGAUCCUGUGGCUGUGGAAGUGCACAUUGUGAACAGGACUGACCCUAACCUUGUUCUGACUCUUGGGGACUGCUGGGUCACCCCAGGACCUUCUGCUUCCAGCCAGCCCCAGUGGAGCCUUCUGGUGAAUGGGUAG